AUGGCCGGUUCUCUCCUUUCCUACCUCGACAUCGUUCGCGACAAUCGCGAUCAAUUGGACGCGCAGAUCCAACACGGGGAGCUAAAACCCGUCUUUCUAUGGCAUUUGACCCUUUUCACAAUCCUCCCAGUAUCGGCGCUUGUCAUUCCUCGUCGGCAAAGUACUCGCUAUGUCCGACCCUUCGUCCUCGUCCUCAUCUUUAUCCUGGCCCUCGAGGCUAUCCGACACCGACGGGCCCUUCUUGGUGCAAAUGGAUACAUGGUAGGUUUGGUGGUCGCAUGGUGGUUCAUAUGGUCUGCGACAUUGCUGGUUUUUCACGACGUCGAGAAGGAAUUUUUACGCGUUGAGCGAAAGGCCAGAACGACUGUGGAUGUGACGUCGAAGCGCUCCACCCAGAACGGAUAUGCCCGUAUGGACAGUGGAUUAAAAGGCGCAAAACCAAAGGAACAGCAGUAUACUGAAUCCCUUAUAUGGCAGCCGUAUCCUCGAUCCCUUUCGAAGAGGUUGAAUUGGUCGUUGGGCCUUCUUCUCAACAUGCGGGGCCCCGAAUGGAAUUGGCGUAUAUCAAGCAUGGGCCCUUUGCCUCCCUUUGUGGAAUCGCAACUCAAGUCUGGACCACCAUCACAAUAUCCUCGAGGCGCAAGUAAGGUCACUGCAUCAUAUCCAGGAGCUGGGACCCGCAUCCGCACCGUAGCCUUCGACUGUCUCAAAUACUAUCUCCUUUUGGAUGUCAUCAAGGUUCUCAUGAUGCAGGACUCGUACUUCUUGGGGGUCACGUCGCCGCCGCCUCCCCCUCCGUUCCUAUUAAACCAAAUCCUCCCACAUGGAGCGGAGUAUAUAUACCGCUUCCUGAUGACGGCAUUGGGCUUAUACACCUCUGUAACCUUUGUGACAUUAUUUAACCCACUGAUUUUCCUGGGGCUGUCCCUGUUAUUUCCCAACGCCGCCCGCAGCAUAACCGCAACACCGCUGGAUGCCCCUUGGCUUUAUUCGGACAUGUUUGGUCCGUUCCUCGUCCCCGUGCUGGAUCACGGUCUUGCAGGCGCUUGGGGUAUAUGGUGGCACCAGAUUUUCCGGUUCGGAUUCACGUCCACUGCCCACUGGAUUCUAUCGCUCCUUCCCAAACAAUUAUCGACAAACUCGCGUUUCAGGCGCCUCUUAAUGACGUUUGUCGCGUUCGCGCUUAGCGGUUUCAUCCACGCCUGUGGGAGUUAUACCCAGUUGUCCGACACCAAUCCCCUUUCUGGGACAUUUCUGUUUUUUGUUCUCCAAUUUGUUGGCGUUACAAUCCAAGAGUUUCUCUCCUACGUCGUAGUCCCAGCCUUGUUACAUAAAUACACAGGUAAGCCAAGGAAGACUCGAUUACCCCGUUGGCUUCGGCGGUCUGCAAAUGCAGGUUUUGUUUUUGGGUGGCUGUGGUUGACCGCCGGUUUGAUCAUGGAUGAUUUCGCUGCGGGUGGCUUGUGGCUGACCGAACCUUUGCCGGUGAGUCCCCUGCGCGGAUUGGGAUUUGUUGAAAGGGAGGGCUGGUGGUGUUGGAAUACCUCGUGGUUUCAAUAUUGGGACGGAGGAAGUUAUUGGGAGAGGGGAAUAAGAGUCAUGUGA